UAGGUCAGACGUCAGCUGUUUGGGGCUCACACUGAGCGCGUGUUUUUUACUUAAAUUUGUAUUUAUCAAUUAAAAACUAAGUAAAAUGUCUUUGAUAACUCGUGUACUGCAGGGAAAUCUGCCGCUACGCAUCAAUGCACUGCAGACAUUGAGUCGGUGCGGCUACAGCUCGCAUGCCAAGUUCUCUGAGCACCGGCCCAUCGAGAAGAUCCGCAACAUAGGAAUCUCCGCGCACAUUGACAGCGGCAAGACGACGCUGACGGAGCGAAUCCUCUUCUACACCGGUCGCAUCGCUGAGAUGCACGAGGUGCGCGGCAAGGACAAUGUUGGCGCCACCAUGGACAGCAUGGAGCUGGAGCGACAGCGUGGCAUCACCAUCCAGUCGGCAGCAACCUACACCAUGUGGAAGGACACGAAUGUCAAUAUCAUCGACACGCCCGGCCAUGUGGACUUCACGGUGGAGGUGGAGCGUGCACUGCGUGUGCUUGAUGGCGCUGUCCUCGUGCUGUGUGCCGUGGGUGGAGUUCAGAGCCAGACGCUGACCGUCAACAGGCAAAUGAAGCGCUACAAUGUUCCUUGCUUGGCAUUCAUCAAUAAGCUGGAUCGCCUGGGAUCCAAUCCCUAUCGCGUGCUCUCCCAAAUGCGGUCCAAAAUGAACCACAAUGCUGCCUUUAUCCAACUGCCCAUUGGUGUGGAGAGCCACUGCAAGGGUCUAGUGGAUUUGGUACGAGAGCAGGCCAUCUACUUUGAGGGAGAAAACGGAAUGGACGUGAGGCUGGACGAGAUUCCGCAGGAUAUGCGUGUGGAGAGCCAGGAGCGGCGACAGGAGCUCAUUGAGCAUCUGUCCAAUGCGGACGAGACCUUUGGGGAGUUCUUCCUCGAGGAGAAACCCUUCACGGAGGCAGAUCUCAGGGCUGCCUUGAGGAGGACCACCAUAAAUCGAACAUUCACCCCCGUUCUGGUGGGAACAGCACUGAAAAACAAAGGCGUUCAACCUCUGCUGGAUGCUGUCAUCGAUUACCUGCCCAAUCCUGGAGAAGUGGAGAAUCUGGGCUUCAUCGAGCAGGAGGGCAAGGAUCCCGAGAAGAUUGUCCUCAAUCCAGCACGCGAUGGCAAGGAUCCAUUUGUGGGUCUGGCCUUCAAGCUGGAGGCUGGACGCUUCGGUCAGUUGACGUACCUCCGCUGCUACCAGGGCGUACUCCAAGGGGAUAACAUCUUCAAUGCCCGCACGAAUAAGAAGGUGAGGAUCGCCCGCCUGGUGCGUCUGCACUCCAGCCAAAUGGAGGAUGUCAACGAGGUCUACGCUGGGGAUAUUUUUGCACUGUUUGGAGUGGACUGCGCCUCCGGUGAUACCUUCACCACUAACCCUAAGAACAACCUGGCCAUGGAGUCGAUCUUUGUGCCAGAGCCAGUGGUAUCCAUGGCCAUCAAGCCAAGCAACACAAAGGAUCGGGAUAACUUCUCGAAAGCCAUUGCCAGAUUCACCAAAGAGGAUCCCACCUUCCACUUCUUCUUCGAUAAUGAUGUCAAGGAAACGCUUGUAUCGGGAAUGGGAGAACUGCACCUGGAGAUCUAUGCCCAGCGCAUGGAGCGAGAGUAUGGCUGCCCCGUGACGCUUGGCAAGCCUAAGGUGGCCUUCCGCGAAACCCUCGUGGGACCCUGCGAAUUCGAUUACCUGCACAAGAAGCAAUCUGGAGGAUCGGGUCAGUAUGCCCGCAUCAUUGGCGUGAUGGAGCCACUGCCGCCAAAUCAGAACACGCUGCUGGAGUUUGUGGACGAGACGGUGGGCACCAAUGUGCCCAAACAGUUUGUGCCUGGCGUGGAGAAGGGCUACCGUGAGAUGGCCGAGCGAGGCAUGCUCUCCGGACACAGGUUGUCGGGCAUUAAAUUCCGCCUGCAGGACGGUGGCCAUCACAUUGUGGACUCCAGUGAGCUGGCGUUCAUGCUGGCCGCCCACGGAGCCAUCAAGGAGGUCUUCCAAAAUGGCAAUUGGCAAAUUCUCGAGCCCAUUAUGAUGGUGGAGGUGACAGCACCCGAGGAAUUCCAGGGCGCCGUCAUGGGGCAGCUGAGCAAGCGUCAUGGCAUCAUCACGGGCACCGAGGGAACGGAAGGUUGGUUCACUGUCUACGCAGAGGUGCCUCUGAAUGAUAUGUUUGGCUAUGCGGGCGAAUUGAGAUCCAGUACCCAAGGCAAAGGAGAGUUCACCAUGGAGUACUCCCGAUACUCCCCGUGCCUGCCCGAUGUGCAGGAACAGAUUGUGCGACAAUAUCAAGAGACGCUAGGAUCUUCCCAACCUGACAAAAAGAAAAAGAAGAACUAAAUCAGCACUUAGCACUAGUAAUGUCAUAUUUUUAAGAAGAUAACAGUACCAUCUCCCUGAUUGAGCCAGCUCCAUCCUUAGUUAAAUUUCUUUUCAGUUUUUACUGUGAUAAUCACUCCAUGUACAGACUAUUUUGUAUAUUAAAGUUGACUACA